AUGAGCUUCAACUCGAUAUCUCAAUCACCAUCAAGUGCCUAUAGGAGAGCAACACCUGAAGCUGCUAAACAAGGUACUUCAACUAACGAUCCAAUGAACAUCGACACUGAUCAAGUUGACAACAAUGAGGCUAGUUCUUGGUUGAAUGCUUCUAAAGAUCCAAUUAAGGGUAAUGACAAAAAAGGUGACACAUUCUGGAAGGAAGUCACUGAUGACUUUAACAAGAAAGGAAAUGGGAAGCGUACAAGAGAAAUGAACCAGUUAAAGAUUCACUGGUCGCGCCUGAAGGCAUCGAUCAGUGAUUUCAAUGGCUUUUGGACUAAGGUUAGUCAAGUGAAUACUAGCGGGUACUCCGAUGAUAUGCUGGAAGAAGAGGCACAGAAGAUGUAUGCAAACAAGUUUGGAAAGCGUUUCUCGUUGGUGCAUUGGUGGAAGAUACUAAAAGAUGAGCCGAAAUGGGAAGCAGCAAAGGCCGAGCGCAGUGGAAAGCGCAAGAAGGAAAAUAUUAUGGAAGGAAUUGUCAUUCUUGGGGACAAUAUUGACAAAAUUAUUAAGGUGCAAGAAGAUCGGAAGGUGGAGCGCGAAAAGGUCACUGAAGCACAGAUUCAAAUAUCAAAUGCAAAUUUGAAGGCAGCGAAGGAGCAAAAGGAAGCAAAAAUGUUUGAGUCUCUUUUGCUCAUCUCUUGUAUUCACUGUUGUCUCUCAUCUCCAAAGAUGUCUGAGGAGAAUGACAAUCCUGAUGGAAAUCAAAAUCCACUGUACUUGUUGGAUGAUUUUCUUGCUGAGGAUCAGAUCAUAGAUGAUAUUCUCGAUGAAGCCAUGGUGGUCAUACAGUCCACCAUGGAAGGUCUUCAAAAAGAGGCUUCCGACCAUCGAUUCAAUCCGAGGAAGCACAUCAAGAGGCCACGAGAGGAAGCACAUCAUAAACUAGUGACUGAUUAUUUCUCAGAAAAUCCUUUAUAUCCUUCCAAUUAUUUUCGCCGAAGAUUUCGUAUGUCUAGGCCACUUUUUCUACGCAUCGUUGAGGCCUUAGGCCAAUGGUCUGGUUACUUUACUCAAAGGGUGGAUGCCGUUAAUCGGCAUGGGCUCAGUCCACUACAGAAGUGUACUGCAGCUAUUCGUCAAUUGGCUACUGGUAGUGCUGCAGAUGAACUGGAUGAAUAUGUGAAAAAUGGAGAGACUACUGCAAUGGAGACAUUGAAAAAUUUUAUCAAAGGUGUUAGAGAUGUAUUUGGUGAAAGAUAUUUGAGGCGCUCCACCAUGGAAGAUAUUGAGCGUCUACUCAAAAUUGGUGAGCGACGAGGAUUUCCUGGUAUGUUUGGUAGCAUUGACUGCAUGCAUUGGCAAUGGGAAAGAUGCCCAAAUGCAUGGAAGGGUCAGUUCACUCGUGGUGAUCAGAAAGUGCCGACACUAAUUCUUGAGGCUGUGGCAUCACAUGAUCUUUGGAUUUGGCAUGCGUUCUUUGGAGUAGCGGGUUCUAACAAUGAUAUUAAUGUUUUGAAUCAAUCUACUGUAUUUAUCAAUGAGCUAAAAGGACAAGCUCCUAGUGUCCAGUACAUGGUAAAUGGGAAUCAACACAACACUGGGUACUUUCUUGCUGAUGGAAUAUACCUUGAAUGGGCAGUGUUUGUUAAGUCAAUACGACUCCCUAUCACUGAGAAGGAGAAGUUGUAUGCACAUGAACAAGAAGGGGCAAGAAAGGAUAUCGAGAGAGCCUUCGGUGUAUUGCAGCGUCGAUUUUGCAUCUUAAAACGACCAGCUCGUCUAUAUGACCGAGAUGUGCUCUGUGAUGUUGUGCUAGCGUGCAUCAUACUUCACAAUAUGAUAGUUGAAGAUGAGAAGGAAGAGGACAUUAUUGAAGAAAAUCUAGAUCUAAAUGUGCAUCCUAGUUCAUCAACUGUUCAAGCACCAGAAUUCUCUCUUGAUCAGAAUGUUCCGAUAGAGAAAGUUUUAGAAAAGGAUACUUCUAUUCGUGAUCGGGUGCCACUCUGCCAGUGA